CGACGGCGGCGGCGGCUGCGAUCCUGAACGUUUUCCCCUGGCGGCCGCCGGCUGCGACGGCGGACGGAUCAUCAUGUCAGCAAGUGCGACUUCAUCAGCAACACAGGAAGGAGUGUCAGCCAAAAAUAAGCCAAAAAAGGAUUCAGCUUGGGAGUAUGCAUUUUCGCCAAGUGAGAAGCACCCGAACAAUGUUGGAUGUAAUUUCUGUAAAAGUAUCUUCAGUGGAGGAAUCACCAGGAUGAAGCAACAUUUAGCUGGAUUGAGAGGCCAGGUUACCCCAUGCACACAAGUUCCUCAAGAUGUUAGGGAUAAGAUGAAGACUAUCCUUGAGGUAACAGAACAAAAGAAACUAGAUAAAGAAGAAGAGUUGAACAAACUUAGAAGUUAGGUUCAUAUUGCUGAGGAGGAUGACGAUGAGCAAGAUCAAUCAACCAAUUUAGUGCGAAAGAGGUCUUUGAAUAAAGGACCACUUGACUGUUAUCGUUAGAAACCAGAAGAAGCUCGUGGAAAAGGAAAGAAUUCUCGGACUAGCACUCAAACCACACUAAAUGAAACAUACAAGUUGAAGGAGAAACAGAGAGCUCAUGAAUACAUUGCAGAUUGGUUUUACCAAGCUGGAAUUCCAUUAAAUGCCGUUCGCCUUGAUUCAUUCGAUUUAAUGAUAGAAGCUAUUGGACAAUAUGGCCCACGAUUGAAGAAGCCAUCUCCUUAUCAGCUUGGCACUCCUUUUUUGGAGAACAGAGUCAGAUCACUAGAUGAAUAUGCAAAUGCACACAAGGAGGCAUGGUCGUUGACUGGAUGCUCUCUUUUGACAGAUGCUUGGACAGAUCAACGGGGAAGAAGCCUAAUGAACUUGGUAUCUCAUUCUGCUAGAGGUGUGUGGUUUCUCCGAGCUAUAGAUGCCUCUGCAGAUGUUCAUGAUGCUAAUUACAUCUACUCUUUGGUACACUCAUGCAUAGAUGAAAUUGGUCCGGAGAAGGUUUUACAAGUAGUGACCGAUAAUGCUUCAAAUAACAUGGCUGCAGCAAAGUUACUAAAAUAGAAAUAUCCUCAGAUAUUUUGGACUCCUUGUGCAGCACAUACCAUUGAUCUAAUGCUUGAGGACAUUGGUAAGAAGCCUGCUAUCCAGAAUACAAUUAAGAAAGCAAAGUCUAUUACAUGUUACAUUUAUGCCCACACUAGAGUGUUGUCUAUGAUGCGUUCUUUUACUGGUGAUCGUGAUUUAGUUCGAGCUGGAAUGACUCGGUUUGCCACUUGCUACCUUAAUUUGAAAAGUCUGUAUGACAAAAGAAAAGAACUGAAAGAAAUGUUCGGAUCAACAAAGUGGAGCGACUCUAGGUUUGCUAAGCAAAAAGCAGGAAAAGUUAUUGCUAAGUUGGUCACGGGCAACGAUUUUUGGUCAUCAAUUUUGCGACUUAUAAACUAUUUUGAGCCACUAGCAUUUGUACUUAGAAGGGUGGAUGGAGAUGUUCCUGCUAUGGGUUACCUUUAUGGUGAUCUUGAAAAUGCAAAAAAGGAAAUUGCUGUCCGUUUUGAUGGAAAUGCAAAGAAAUAUGGUUUCAUUUGGGAUAUUAUAGACGAAAGGUGGAACGACAAACUCAAGACUCCAUUGCAUAAAGCUGGAUAUUACUUGAAUCCAUUCUUUUAUUAUGAGAACAAGGCAGAGUUGGAGGAAGAGGUUUUCGUCGCAGCAGUUGUACAGUGUGCAGGUCGCGUGUACCAUGAUAAUGACAAAUUAUAAGACAUGAUUGUUGCCCAGCUAAAUAUGUACACUAAUGGCACUGUUUCUUUUGGCUCUGCAAUGGCUAUUCGACAAAGGAAAAGUACAACUAUUACCCCAGCAAAUUGGUGGGCGGCACAUGGCACGGAUGCAAAGGAAUUAAGAAAGAUGGCUAUCAAGAUUCUAAAUUUGACGUGUAGCUCAUCUGCGUGUGAAAGGAACUGGAGUGCAUUUGAGAGGGUCCAUACCAAGAAAAGGACGAGAUUAACACAGAAGAGAUUGAAUUCUCUUGUCUAUGUCAUGUUUAACAAGAGGCUUCAGUGGAUGUAUGCUCAAAGGAAGAGAGACCCAUUAGCUGUAAAGUUUGUUGAUGAUGAACCACCGAAUGAGUGGAUUGAAGGGGAGGCGAGUGUUGAAGGGCAGCAGCAAGAAAACAUUGUUGAAGAACAAGAUGGAGAAGGAGAAAAUGCAUCUGAUUAUGAUGGUGAACAAGAUGAACCGGCUCAGGCUGGCGUAAAUGAGAAGAAGAGAGCACUGAGCAAAGGUUCGUCGAGCAAGUCAAAGAGAGCCCGCACCAUGGAGGCUGAAGAAGAGUCUUCUGACUGUGACGAAGAUGAUACAGCCAUGCAGUUAAUGGAUGAUUCUUCAAGUGAUGAUGGAGAGAAUGAGGACAAUUUCCUUGAUGAUGACUAAAAUCUACAAUGAAGCGACUAGAUCAAUAUUUACUAUUAUGCCCACACACACUUAAUUGAAAU